AUGGGAAAGACCAUAGGUGAAAUCAAACAUCAUAGUUUAGGGUUUUCCGAGUACAAUGUUCAUCAUCGAUCAAGCAUGGUUCCACCUCACCACCCAGACAAGUUCUCCACACAGCCGCGAAUGAUGGAGGAGAUGAGCGCAGGAGAAGAAUCCAGCAGCAGCACCAAAGCGGCGAAGGAGGAGCUCAGCCUCAAAUUUUUAAACUCUCUGAGGGACUUCCCACGGUUCAAGGACUAUCAGAAUCUCAUGAAAGAGUUCAGAAUCAACAAAGAUAUGGCCAGUAUGGCCGAGAAGAUGGCGGAAUUGUUUCAAGGGCACUCGGAGCUGAUUGCAGGGUUCAAUCAAUUCUUACCAGAGAGGCUUCAAAUUACCAUACCUAAGCUAGUUUGUCAAAAGAGGAAGCGCAGGGACGAUACUGCUAGUGAUAGUAAUGAUGGUGUUGAUGAUGCUAGAGCCAAGGGUUCUAAGAUUCGGAAAGUUACCGGGUGCGAGAACAAGACUAAAGAAAGGUUCUGCAACGAAGAUAUGGUAGUUUGUCAAAAGAGGAAGCGCAUGGACGAUAGUGCUAGUGAUAGUAAUGGUGACGUUGAUGCUAGAGCUAAGGGUUCCAAGAUUCGAAAAGUUACCAGGUGCGAGAACAAGACUAUAGAAAAGUUUUGCAACGAAAGUGAUGAUGAUCACCAUGGUCACCAAGCGAAGCGCGAUGAUGAUAGUACCACUGAUAGUGAUGAAGAUGAAUCUACAGAAUCUAAACUUGAGAAGGUCAUUGCUUUUGUGAACAAGGUGGAGGAAAGGUUUCGUGACAACAAUGAUGGUGUAGAGCUUUUCUUGGAUAUGGUCUGCAAAAGAAGCAAAUCAUCACCCAAUAGGUCUACCGAUGCUGAUGAAGAAGAGCUUCAGAUUUACAAGAAGGUUGUAACACUUUUGGGAGAUCACCAUGACUUAAUUGAUGAGUUCACCCAGUUCUUAACCGAAGUGCCUAGAAUCGACUCCAUCAUCGACUUCAACAAGUGCAAGAGAGGCACUCCAAGCUACCGUCUGUUGCCAAUGAAUUUCCCUAUUCCUGCUGCUACCGGGAGAUCGGAGCUAGCUCAUAAAGUAUUGAAUGAUCGUUGGAUAUGCGUAGACACCAGUCCUAGUACUUCUAGUUCUACUUCAAGAAGACGAAGCCGUAAAUCGCAGCAUGAGCUAGACCUAUUAGACUGGGAAGAACAAAUGUGUGAAAAUAGAGUGUGGGAAGAGAAUGUGGAGUCGGCCUUAUGUACUAUCGAAGCACUAAUAGAAAAGAAUCAAAAGAUGCACACCAUGAGUCCGAAGAAGAAAAUUUGUAUCAAAAAACGUCGGUCACAUGUGAGUUUGAUCAGGUGCAUUAUCAAAUUUUAUGGGUGUGAAAUGAUUGAUGCUGUGAACAACAACAUCCAAGUGGAAUUGCCUGUUUUAUUAGAACGAUUGAAGCAGAAGAAAAAAGCACUGAGACGAAAGCUUUCUGAUAUAGAACAGAAAUGGGCUUACUUAUUUCCCAAUUGA